UGGUUUUACUUUCUUUUAUUUAGAAGUCAUUCCUCAGCCUGACUGCUGCACAAUGGCAGAAGCCCGGCUGUCGAUGUUACAGGAAAUGUUCAACUGCUCCAUGUGUCAGGGGAUUCUACAGGACCCUGUCUCGACCCCCUGUGGGCACAACUUCUGCACUAACUGCAUUAAUAAACACUGGGAUCAGAGUGAUCAGGCAGAGGGCUACAAGUGUCCCCAGUGCAAUGAAGUCUUCAGCUCCCGGCCUGUCCUGUCCAGAAAUGCCAUGCUGGCUGAAGUUAUGGGAAAAUUAAAACAGAUGGAGGUCAGCCUCCCACCUGAGGAAAGCUGUGCAGGUCCUGGAGAUCUGGAGUGUGAUGUCUGCACCGAUAAGAAGCGAAAAGCUGUGAAGUACUGCUUGACCUGCCAGGCCUUCUUCUGCGAGACUCACAUUCAGCCUCAUAGAAACUCUGAAGCAUUUAAGAAGCACACGCUGGAUGAUCCAGUGGCUCGUCUGCCCCAGGAGCUCUGCUUAAGACAUCAGAAACCCAUUGAGUUUUUCUGCAGGACUGACUGGUUGUCUCUUUGUUACAGCUGUGUGUUGACAGAACACAAGAGCCAUGACACCGCAACGCUGGAGACAGAGCAAGUGGAGAAACAGGCCCAGUUAAAGACAGCACAGACCGAAAUCCAGCAGAGAGUCCAGGAAAGAGAGAAGAAACUGGAAGAGGUGUUGAAGGCCGCAGAGUUGAUCAAGGUCUCCGCAGAAAAAGAGGUGCGGGACAGUGAAGCAGCAUUCCAUGCGGUCAUCCAGUCCAUGGAAGAGGCCAGCAAGAAAGUGAGUGAGCUGAUCAGAGACCAGGCAGAGAGAGAAGUGAAGACGGUGGAAGGCAUCAAGGAGCAGCUGGAGAAGGAGAUUGAAGAACUGAAGAAGAGAGACAGGGAGCUGUCAGAGCUGGCACGGGUCGAGGACCAAAUCCACUUCCUCCAGAAUUUUCCAUGCCCUCCUGUCCCUCCUGGAGAUAAAGAGUUGCUGUCCGUCACGAUCUGCAGUGACAUCUCUAUUAAGGAGCUGAAGGAGUUGCUGUCUUCUCUGAAGGAGUCUAUGGAACCAGUAAAGAAAUGUCAGCUACUGAAAACAACCAAGAAAGGAGAAGAGUCAGUUUACAUCCUGAGAUUUCCAAGAAGCGAACAAGACUUUUUAAAAUAUGCCUGUCAACUCACCUUGAACCCAUGCACAGCAAAUGAAUACUUGUGGUUGUCUGAAGAUGUCAGGAAAGUCACACACAGCACAGAGCCUUGUCCCAGCUUCGACCACCCUGACAGAUUUGAUCGUUGGUUACAAGUCCUCUGCAAUGAGGGUCUGUACAAGAGUCGCUACUACUGGGAAGUGGAGACUGUUGGGAAUCGUGCAGUCAUUGGAGUAGCUUACCAUUCGAUUGGGCGCAAAGGAGGAGAUGAAGACUGCCAUCUGGGAGGCAAUAAGAGCUCCUGGGGCUUGUAUUGUUCUGGUUCCAGCUACUCCGCUCGCCACAAUAAACAGGAAACAGAAAUAAUUGCCCCCUACUCCUCCAGAAUCGGGGUGUACUUGGACUACCCCUCUGGUACUCUCUCGUUUUACAGCAUCUUAGACACAAUGACGCUUCUUCACAGGUUUGAGGGCAACUUCACUGAACUGCUCUAUCCAGGCUUUUCUCUUAAUUGUUAUGGCUCCAGUGUGACAAUCUGCCAAGUGAACCAGCAGGCUUAGUGCUAAAAUGGUGUUUCAAAUCAUGGGAGACAGGAAAAGGGCAGUAGGGAUAUGUUAUGAGGAUGGUGUAAUAUUAUUAUGAGAAAAGUAUGCACUUUAAAAUACUUUAGAAAGUGAAUUGUUGUAGAUUCUAAAGGUUAAAACUAGUAUAGAAAAAUUUCAGAGAUUCUGGCCAGCUGACCUGAGGGAAUACAGGUAGGCUGAACUGAAAGUCCAGCAUAGCCUGGAAUGGAAGAGAUAAAUCAAAUGUAUGACACCAGCUCAGCCUCCAGGAGGAAAGCAUGGACUGGAAUGAAGCAGGGAAUUAUCCUAUCCCAUUACUCCAGGAGGUACAUCAGGUAAGCAGGAUUAAUGUAAAGACAGGGUAGAAAAGAAACUCUCUCACUCUCGGCUGACAUAUUCAGACAGGUCAUGCUAUCUGUUUACUCCACUCUGUUUAAGGGCCAUGCUCAACCACGUUGGACCAGAGGCCAAUCAACACACAACUUUAGAAAGGCACCUGAUAGCUUAUACAAGAUGAACUGAUUAUUUCCAAGCUUGUAGUAAUAUCAUUUUGCAAAUAUUUGCAUUUGUGCAUUGUUGUAAUCUUAGGCGUAUUAUCUACGUAUAAUCUCUCUAUAUAUAUAAAAUCCAACAUCUGUC